UGGCUCCGCCCCUUCCGGAACUGGCUCCUCCCCCUCGGCUAGCCGGUGAGGUGGGUCGGGAGUGCUGGCGGGUAUGUGGAGAUCACAGUGAAAAAUAGAGAGGGUAUCUCCGAGGUUUUGGAGAGACUCUUCAGCCAAGCAUAACAUUGCACAAAAGGCACUGGAUGAUCAUAGCUAAACAAUGUCUGGACUACGUGGAGCUGUCCAUGCAAAAUGGAUAAUAGGGAAAGUAAUUGGAACCAAAAUGCAUAAAACUGCCAAAGUGAGAGUGACAAGGCUUGUGCUGGAUCCUUAUUUACUAAAGUUCUUUAACAAGCGAAAAACUUAUUUCGCUCAUGAUCCAUUGCAGCAAUGUGCCGUCGGAGACAUUGUUCUUCUAAAAGCUUUGCCUGAGCGGAGGACCAAAAACGUGAAACAUGAACUGGCUGAGAUUGUUUACAAGGUUGGAAAUGUCAUAGACCCAGUGACUGGAAAGGCCUGCGCAGGAACCAGGUUCCUGGAAAGUCUAACAGAUUCAGAAAGUCUAACUGAGGCAGACACCACCUAUCUAAGUGAAAAGCUCCAAGAACUAAAUGUUUCCUCAACAGAGAAAUAAAGGGUGGGAAGAGGCCAGUAAACAGAGGGAUUUACCUCUCAUCUUUACUUGAGAGAUUGGUUGUGCCCAUUGUCUUAGGAUGUAAAAUCUUUCUAUUGUUAGUAACAAAUAAUAAACUGAAUUACUUCCAACACUAAAAUGACAAAUAUUUUAAAAUUGGGGAAUUUAUCAAUUAGAAAUAAUGUGGAAAAAACUUAAGUCACAGUUAAGCUGUGUUCUCAAUGUUUUAUUUUCUUAACACACAGUUUUGCCCUAUCUUUAGCAAGAAUGUCAAAAUUACCACCUCAGUCACAAAAUUAAGAAUGGUUCUUCUUUAUUAAGAUGUUUAAGAGCAUAAAUCUAUAUAUAGUUUAAUAUUCAUGGGAGGAUGUUUUUCCCAUGUUUGACUGUCUGAACCCUGGAACUGAAUCUGUUGUGGUUUGUAGCCUAAUAUUUAAAGUAACACAAUUAAAAGUUUUUUAAAAUAUUGUA